AUGAUGGAUAAUGAAACUGCAGUUGAUGAGAUUGGUAAUGAAAUACGUGAAGCGCAGCAAUCAUCCGGCAAAUCACUAGAAUGUCGUGUCAGGCAUCUUCAAAAAGCACAGGAGUUGUUGUUAAAUAGAAGCAAAAAUUGCUCCCUUCUUGAUAAUUUUUUGGACGAAAUGCUCGAAUUUGUGGUGGAAAAUGAUUCUAAGAUGCGCAUAUUUGUUGCAUCUUUCAUUGAAAUGGCUUGUAAAAAAGAUUGCGAAGUAAUGAAAAAAGCAGUUGUUUCGCUUUCAUAUUUAAUCGAAAGUGCCGGUGUUGGGUCGAUUUCCGUCAUCAAAAAGGUUAUCAUAGUGUGCUCGCAAUUAUACCCGAUAGUUCUGAAGUGGGCUGCAGGGUCGCGCACACCUGAAGUUGCAAGAUGCUGGGAAGCUUUUUCAGUUCUAAAGGGUCGCAUCAUGCAGCUUAUUGACUCUGAUAAUGAUGGAAUCAGAACUCAAACCAUUAAAUUUCUGGAGACCGUGAUUUUAUCCCAGUCAUUGCGAACAGAAGAAAGUGAUACAAACCGUGCGGAUAGUAUGUGCUUAAACGAAAUCGGUCGUGAUCAUCGAUUUAUUUCUUAUCGGAAAAUGGAAAGCGAAGCAAUGUUGAAUUUUAACUCAUUGCUUGAUCAUAUUGCUUCAGCUCAUAUUUCUUCUCUCAACUUGUUAACUUGUUUAACUUGUGUGUGUAACAUUGCUCAUCUUCGUCCACAGUUCACUCACAAAGUUAUUGGAGCCAUAGAAGCUUUACAUGCAAAUCUUCCACCAACCUUGUCAACUAGUCAGGUGAAAAGCGUGCGGAAAGAAUUGAAAAUGCAUCUUAUACGCCUUUUGAAACAUCCUAGUAGUGUACAGUUUCAUCCGAGAAUGGUAACAGUGUUAAAUGAUUUAGGAGCAACGCAGUCGGAGAUUCAGCGUGCAUUACCUUCUGCAAAUGACCAACGGAAAAGAACUUGUCGAAUUCCUGAAAACAACGGUGAACCGGAAGCAAAAAAAGCUAAAGGGACCGAGGCAGUUUCAUUAUAUAUCAAUAAAGAAAAUGACGAAAAUUAUGAAGACGAAGCUGGGCCCAGUACGUCUUUUAGGAAAAGUCAGACUCAGUCAUCCGUUGAUAUCACUGCACAAUUUGUUUAUGAACGGUUGACACCUAAAGUUGCCAUUGAUUUGGUUUUGAUGUCCCUUAUUGCACUUCCCAAUGAAAUGCCUGCAGCUUUUAAAUCAUCUUAUACUCCUAUUGCAGCAGCUGGCACGGAAAAUCAAAUUCGCCAUUUAUCACGCAUGCUUGCAACUCAGUUUACCAAUACUGAGCUAGGUCCAGGAGUUGAGGAAGUCGGUUCGGGAAAAUCACAGCAGUGUAAUGCUUCCCAAGCAGCAAGAAUCGAGGGCCUAGACUCCUUGCCUUCUUCGUCGCUGCAGUUUAAUUCGACUCAGCAGCGACGUCUUCAAAAAUCUGAAUUCCCGUUGCCAGGAGUUAUGGCAAGUAAUGCAAAGUCAAAAAUACAAUUCGGUUUACUUUCUAUCACCAAAGAAUUAGAUUAUGAACAAUCGCUGAAAUUAAUUCUGCUAGCUUUUCAGCGAAUAUUAGCCAGCGAAAAAAGAGCUAUUCAAGGUGGAGCGGGUGUUGCUCAGCAAAAAUUGUUGAUUAGGCUCGUGACACGUUUUGAUCACGAUUCCAGUAACGAGUUUGAAGAUCUUCUGACAGCUUUCAUUGUACAGGAUCAGAAAGCCAGAACGGAGUUGGCACUUUUAUGGAUAGCAGAACUUUAUGCACAAUUUCAGGGAUAUUCCUUAUGUCGUAGUCCAUACAGUGCGAGAGAAUAUCAUUGCGAGUCAACGCGUCUCGAACGUUACGACUUAGUAUUAUGCAAUCUUUUGAAAACUUUAUAUGAUCGAGGAGAACACAAAGAAACCUUGUUUCACAAGAUUUUAUUGGAAGCACCGCUCUUAACUCCUCAGUCUCUUGUUUGGUUACGAACCGCUUGUCUCGAUUCGGUAUUUGGAGCAUUUGGAAUGACUACUUUGCGAGAAUUGAUUUUGACUCGAGCAAGACAAAGAAAUGAAUUAUUAAACAUUCUCCUUGAUUUCUCAUACAGUGAUAGGGUUGAUGUCCGCACACAAAAACACUGCACAGAAUCAGUCCCGCCACCACAACUUUUUGCUUUUGCAGAAGAAAAUGCUGCGAGAGAGUGGGAUGAUGCCACAAUACGGAUCACUUUGAACUUGUUUUUAUCUAUCCUCCCUCUCGAUCACUCGUUAAUACCUACUUUAGCAUCGGUUUACGCUAGAUCUUCCAACGACAUAAAAAGGGUUAUGUUACGUACAAUUGACAGUGCAAUAAAAUCGAUAGGUGCUACGAGUGAGCACUUAUUAGAAAUGAUCGAGAAUUGUCCACUGGGAGCAGAAACAUUAGCUGCAAGAAUAGUGCAUCUACUCACAGAAAGAAAUCCACCAACUCAAGAUUUAGUAAAUAAAAUAACUGCACUGUAUGAUCAAGGGAGGACAGAUGUUCGUUCAAUGAUACCGGUUUUAAGUGGUCUUGAUAAGGAUCAGAUAUUAAAAAUUUUGCCAAAGUUCGUACUUACACCAGUGAAUCAGAAAUCAGUGUCUGUUGUGUUCAAUAAGCUGCUAACUGGAAGAAGUAUCAAAACAGGUCUUCAUCCAAUGGGUGCCGGUGAACUGCUUAUGGCUUUACAUAAAAUCGAAAUCGAAAAUAUGGAUGAAAAUAAUUUGUUACUUCAAAAUAUUGAUAUUUUACUGACGCAGUUAACAGCAUCUAAAGAUGCCAUAGGUGCUGCAAUAGAUCAGCUGUGUGAUGAUGAGGUAUUUUCUCAAACAUUAUUCUAUACUGUUACACGGUCACAUAAAAUCUUCCCAGCAUUGGGUGGUUUCAUCUCAAACGUACUAGUUAAAAUCGCUAAUAAAAAACCAUGGAGUCGUGAUGAAAGCUUAUGGCCUCAUUUUGUUCGCUGCGCUGUUGCGAAUGCCCCUCAUUCUUAUUUUGCAAUGCUAACAGUUUUAACAAAUAAGGAAUUCGACGAAUUAUUGGAACAGACUCAAAAAGAAGGCACUGAUGUUUUGGAUUCACUGCGAACUUAUAUUCCUUCAUUAUCAGCACACCAACAAAAGAAAAUCGAUUAUCAUAUCAGGGAAACUAUUAUGAAUUACAGACGGGUCAGUUUAUGA